AUGGCAAUGAGCAAAGUUGAUAAAGAUCCAUUUCAACGAAAAAUACCCAGAAAGUUACAUCCAAUUGGAUGUGAAUUUAAAACUCUUGCAGAUGCUCAAAUCAAUUUGUUUUUAAGAUUAAAUCUAGUAGAACUUUCGAAUUGUGCUAUGAAAAAAAAUUUUUCAAAUCAAUACCCAGCAACCGUUGCAUCUAUGUUAAGAUUAGUAGAACUAUAG